AUGAUAUUGGAUAUUGGAUUAGAUAUUGGCCGCGGGAGAAUUAACCUCAAGAUAGAUCUGGUGGGACAGGAUUUUCUAGCAGGCAGAAUGUCGUUAAUCCAUCAAAAGUUAGCAGAACGCUUAUUUAUCUUAAAUGAUCGUCAGCUUGGAGUACUGACGCGUAUCCAUCAUAUGAAACAAAUGCUCACUUCACCAGAAUAUCGUCCUACUGUCCUACCCGGUGGUGAUAAAACGUUUGAUUCAGCAUGGAAAGUUCUAUUGAAAAAAUUUCCAUCAAUCGAUAUUAAAUCAAGUCAAUCGAAUAUACAACCAUUCUGUAGUCGUCAAAAAGAAAUAUUUGCUACCUUGUCAAUAUACUACUUUAAUUUUGUUGAUGUUCUCGAUGUAAGAGAUCAUUUCAACGAUCUUAUGGUAUGCUUAGGUUCAUCACAGAUAACUCUUGAUAUUACUGUGAAUUUCGACGUGACACGAUUGUAUUUAGAGCUUGUCAGUAAUUAUUUCGCUAUGAUGUUUCUUAUUACACGUAUUGCAGACACUAAGGCUAUAUUAAUCCUAUUUAACUUUUUAUAUGAUCAACUGCAUGGUAAACAAGAACCGAAUUAUCCACGUAUGGCAGAGAUGUUCGUUGAAACACCUGAAGGUAUGCUGAACCGCCUGCAUAAAGAAGUAAAUCCACACUGUCGAACAUUGUCCAGAGCUCUACGAUCAUUGAAUGAUUUUUAUAACAGAAGAACAGUUCGAGCUCAAAAUUGGAAUGAUGGUCACUUUUUAAGUAUUUUACACGAACCAAAUAAAAUAACACAUACUGUUCUUGGUGAACAAUUAGGUUGUGAGUUAAUAUCCUAUGAAGUAAUGGAAAGAUGGAUAGUUUUUGGCUAUUUGUUAAUUUAUCCUGAAUUAACCGAUGAAGAGUCAUUCAAUCGGUUGAAAGUCGCUUUACGUCAUUCAUAUAUUGUUGUAUUAUUCCGUGAAGAAGUUGUCCACAUACAUUCCCUGUUACAAUCAUUUCUUGAAUCUGUUUGGGUGAAUAAAGUGGGUGUGAAAAGAAUUAGUGAAAUUAAAGAGACCUAUUCCAUCGCUUGUUCACAGACAGCAAAAAUGCAUGCUGAUAGACGCGCCUAUCUACGCCUAUCGUUACGUCAACUCCACUUGAUUUUAUCUGAUGAACCUGGAUUAUUAGGUCCCAAGGCAUUUCUAGUAUUUUGGGGUUUAUCUUAUGCCUCGGAUGAAGUUCACUGGUUGUUAAGACAUUCUGCUAAUCCAAUUGUUAAAAAAGGCACAUCUGCACCUGCUCGACCUGGACCAUUUUCAGGAGAUGAACUGUGUGAUCCAUUUCUACCAGAACUGUUAUUUAGAAUGGAUGAAUUACGCUCACUGGUGAUACGUUAUAGUCCAGUGAUACAACGUUUUUAUCUUCAAUUGCUAAGUUGUUAUGAUGGUCCCGGAUUGAAUGAAUAUAUUCAAGAUAUUCUAACGCAUAUAAACAAUGAAGAGGCGAUUAUCUUUACAUCGAUUUCAAAACAACUCUGUGAACUGGCUGACAAUCCAAUUGUACAUGAAACAAAUUUAACGCCUAUGCAAUCCGCACUAUUCGAUUUCUCUGGUAUUCGAUUGGACUGGUUACGUGUACAAGCAAGUUUAUCGUGUAAAGCAUCCGCUGUGAAUCUAUCCGAUUAUCGUCGACUUGUUGAACAUAUGAAUUCUACAAUAUUACAUACAAAAUUUAUUGACUAUCUGGAUGAACUGCUUCGUUUAGUCUCGGAUAUGUCAAUAUUUAUAUUUUAUCCAAGUAAAUUUACAGAGCUCUUUGCUAAUUGUCGUAUAUGCCCUGCACAAUUACGUUUUACAAUUGUCUUUCCAAGUAUAUGUUCACAAGCUAUACAAGCUUGUCAUGAUCUCUGUCCAGAAGAACGUUCAUAUAUUGGUCGUAAUGCCGUGAAUAUAUGCCGACAUUUCUGUCAAGAGAUUGCUGAUAAUAUCUGUUUGUACUUGUUUAAUCGUAUUGAUGAAUUUGGUAAUUUGGCGGAUCAAUUGGCACCACAGAAUUCUGUACCAUGGUUAACAGAUGAGAAACCAAUGAAAAAGAAUAAAAAAGGUGGCAAUAAUAAACAAAAUAUCAAUGGAAAUAUUCAUGCCGGUGGUGGGGGUGGUGGUUUGACAGAUCCAAGAAAAGGAAGACGUUUGAUGAAUGGACCUAUCCCUGGAUCGAAUCCCGGUGUAAAUGUCACUAGUAAUAGUAAAUUAACUGGAAACAGUGUACCUAUUGAUUCACGUUUAAUUCCAGGAGUGGAAAGUUUUCGUAUUAAUCGUGAAGAACAGACUAUCAAUGAUAAAACGUUAUUUGGUCUAAGUCAACUGUGCAGUUCUGUUAAUCAUCAUAGAGAGUUGAUUGUAUUCGAUCAGGUGAUAAAUCCACGUGAAAUCCUUCAAAAUGAGAUACAAUUAAGGCUAAUUGACCUACUUUCUAGUUAUACAACAUUCACGUCUCAUGAUAAUAAUACAAGUGAAUCACUUAUCGCCAAGCCAUCAGAAUUACUUCGACGUGUACGAGCAUUGAUGAAUGCUUUAUUGGAUUUAGAAAAUCAUGUAUGCAUUGAUGUGAUUGGCAUAUUUUCUACAGUUUUCACACAACAUACCCAACCUGUAGAUGCUUUUCGAGGUCAGUUAACAAUGACAGCUCAUUAUGCUGAAUGGUAUCUAGACAAUGUAAUCAAAUCAGCCUACAUGAAUCAUUUUGUUUAUUCACCUUUAUUGAAAAGUUUUGUUACAUUAGUUUCACCUGAGAUUGUAAGAUUUCGUGCGGAAGAUUAUGCUGAUCUGAAUGAACUUACAGCUCUUGCUGAACUGAUUGGUCCAUUGGGCAUAAAAUUCAUAUGUGAUCGAUUAAUGCAUUCUGUUGGUGAUCGUGUCGAUGAAAUCAAUAAGCUAGUACGACAAAAUCGUAGUACAUUAGAAUCUCUACGUGAAUGUAUUCAUGACCCGGUGAAAACACGUCAACUCAAUGGAAAUUUACAAAAUUGUGAUCAAUUGUUAAAUUUACUGAAAGAAAUCGGUGUAUCAUUGGCAUUUCGUAAAUUAUGCUUUGAAGCUGUUAAUUCUGUACUACAAAAACGUACUCCAUUCCUCCUGGAUACUGUUCAAAAUCUUCGAGCGCAUAUUACACAGAAAUCAGCCAGCGGUGGUCAAUUAUCCCUACCAUCAUCUAUGGGAUCUGGUUCUCCAAAUGAAAAUGGUAAACAUGAAAUGGAACGUAUCUAUGCACAUUUCAAUGAACAAUUAAUGUUAAAUAAUCUAUGCGCAUCGGUUGGUAUUCCAUCCCAUUUAGAUUACAAUCUCUGUUCUAUUCUAAAUAAUCGACGUAUGGCUGCAUUGGCGACAGCAAAUCAAGCUGGACUCAAUCUGACAGUGAAUGGUACUACUGGUGGAUUGUCAUAUCAAGAACUGGAAUAUCAUAUUGCCUGUUUAUUUGUUGUCUUUGUGGCGAAUGCUUUUCCACGGUUAGCACGUCAAGAAUCUAGUCUGUAUCGUUUAGAUUUAGAAGCGAAUGAGAAUAAUUGUCAUUGUAUUGCAUAUGCUGUGAAUACUUUAAUGGUUUCAAUGUUUUCACUCUUACGUCCUGGUGAUUUAGAAGCACGUUGUAAAGAAUUUCUUGCUCUUGCCUCAUCAAAUCUGCUACGACUUGGCCUGGAAACUUCCUCAUCCCUCAUCUCAUCAGAUGUCUAUGGAAGUAGUAACAAUCAAUCGUCAAAUUCUAGUUAUUGUAUAUUACCAGCGAAAAAUAGAGACUCGAUAUACAUUGUCUUUGAUAGUCUUAUCAAACAAUCACCGUGUUUAUCAGCCAGCCUACAAGAAUCCUGUUUCCCUUAUUCAUUAGUACGUAGUGCUUAUCAUAGUAUUGCAAAAUUGGCCACUGGUGGUGGGGGUGGUUCAUCCUCGACAGACUACUAUCACUACUCCAAUCCAGCUAUGCUACGUUCCAAUGUUAUGUCGGCAUCAUCACAUGUCGAUGGGAAAUGUCGUGAUUAA